GCCAUAUCCAAAACGAAGGCAAAGGCAUCAUGUCCGAAAUAACAAAGAAGUAUGGCAUCUACUGAGAUACGUAGCCGGCAGGUUCACAAGGAAAUUGGAUUGCCUUGUCUGCAGAAAGAAACAGCUAGAAUGACUUGACAAGCACCUGGACAAAAUCCAUAAGGAUUUGACAAUAAGUUCAUAUUCUUAUUACAUAAAAGGCGUCCAGGCAUCACAGAUGGUAACAUAAAUGUGUUCCAUAACCCAUUUUUCAGAGUCAGCAGAGGUUGGAACAUUUGCAUCAUGCAGAAUGCAAGUCCAACUUUCUGGAACUUGCUAAAUUAAGACAGUCUUGCCCAAGCCCAGCAACGGUGAGUAACUUGGACUUUGACCUCCUAAAUGAAGAUGAUGUUGAAGACCAAUUGGUCCAGGAUGCGUCCCCAAAGUAUCAAUCCGAUUCUCAGGAGGAACUUGAGGAAUCUGUGAACAGGGAACAUGAACCAGCAUCCAACCAGCCUUCCACCAUCAAACUCUCCAUCAGCGGUCGUCAACGCUGCACCCACUAUGUGGGCUACAAAUUAAUGACACAGAUGCUGUGGAGGAAAAACAGCUCCAGUCCGCCUACCCAUCCUAAAUAUUUCCAUGCUCCAAAACCCAACUGCAAACAGCCAGCCUUUGUUACCCUUGAAGCUUGCCCUACAGAGAGAAAACUUGAAAAACUAUAUGGGUACCUUUCAGGGUAUCUCUUAUGUCUCACUGGCCAUAGAAGGGGUGUACUGGAGAACAUGAAAGCAGAAGAGGUUGCAAAACACAAGAAUUCUGACACCUUUUGGCAUGCCCACAUUGUCCUGAAGAAACAGGAACAUGUGUGGCUAGAGAGAUUCCUUCACCACAGGCACCAAUUAAAAGGAGGGGACUCUGAUCUUGUGUUUUUUAACACAAAUGGAGGGGUGCACCAGAAGCUACUAGAAGCCUUCCAAAACCGGAGGCCGGAUGAGAAGGAACAGCUUGCAGUUCGCUGCCAGAUGUGCCACUCACAAACCACAGCGCAAGCUUUCUACGAGGCAGAGUCAGACAUCAGAGAAGCCUGGGAGGCAGUUAACACCCAGGUUGGGAGACCAACGCAGUGGCAUGAGGAGGAGGGGAAACUCAAACCCUGCUGUAUCCCCAGCAGCUCAACUUCCUCCCUCAGCCCCCCAAAUUUCUCCCAUUGCUGCUUUGCAAGGAAGAAAGAAGGUCCACAAGAGCCCUUGGUGCCGCCAGAGGCUAUUCAGCCCCGUGAGGCUGCAAUGCAAAGCGCAAGCCCUGCCAAUGCCCUCUCUGGCCCUUAG